CCAUUUCAGCAGUGUUUUUUUUUUUGACGUGAGAAGUUUACACACGAGCCGCGAGGGGGGCCGUAUGUGAGAGCGGCUCUGUGGUGUUGAGCUGAAGGGUGGCAAGCAUCAUGGGAGAUACUGAAAAAGUUGAUCUCAACAGCCUUGUGAAGGUCCGGGAGGCAUUAUACCGGCUUAUCAUUAGUCAGCUGUACUAUGAUGGCCAGCAAACGCUUGCCUCAAGCAUGCACCAGACCAUACACCCAGACCCGCCCUGUCCUCCGUCGGACCGGCUGUUCCGGCUUGUCCUGCUGGGGCUCCAGAAAGAGAAGGAGGCGAGCGACGAGCGCGGCCAGCCGGAGGACCAGUUCACGGCCGGCCUCGACCUCGAGUUCGAGUCGGACAUGCCGUCCGUGGCGCCAGAGCCGGCCGCCUACGAGACGUGCUACGUGACCUCACACAAGGGGGCCUGCCGCUCGGCCUGCUUCUCGCCCGACGGCCAACUCGUCGCCACCGGCAGCGUGGACGCCAGCAUCAAGAUUAUCGACGUGGACCGCAUGCUGGCCAAGAAGGCGCACGAACACGGCGACGGGGACUCGGCCGGCCACCACCCGGUCAUCAAGACACUGUACGACCACGUGGACGAGGUGACCUGCCUCGAGUUCCACCCACGCUUGCCGCUGCUGGCCUCGGGCUCCCGCGACACCAACAUCAAGAUCUUCGAGUACAGCAAGUCGUCCGUCAAGAAGGCCACCAGUGUAAUCUCGGACGCCAUUCCGGUGCGCUGCUUCAGCUUCCACCCCACCGGCGACUACCUGGUAGUGGGCACCGACCAGCCCGCCGUGCGCGUCUACGACGUCAGCACCGCCCAGUGCUACGUCAACCCCUUCGUCAAGCAGCAUCACACCAACCGCAUCACGUCCACACAAUGGUCUCCAGACGCGCGGGUAUACGUCACCGGCUCCAACGACGGCACCAUCAAGAUCUGGGACGGCGUGUCCAGCCGGUGCGUCAACACCUUCAGCAAGGCGCAUGACGGCGCGGGGAUCUCCUCCGUCGUGUUCUCCAAGAACGGCAAGUACGUGCUGUCGUCGGGCAAGGACUCGAUGGUGAAGUUGUGGGAGCUCUCCACCAGCCGGUGUCUGAUCGCCUACACCGGAGCCGGCACCAUCGGUAAGCAGUAUCACAAGAGUCGGGCCAUCUUCAACCACACGGAGGACUACGUCAUGCUGCCGGACGAGGUCACCAAGAGCCUCUGCACGUGGGACUCGAGGAACGCCUCCCGCAAACAACUGAUGUCGCUCUGUCACAACUCGCCGGUGCGCCACAUCAUCCACUCGCCCAUCACGUCCGCCUUCAUGAGCUGCUCGGACGACUUCCGAGCCCGGUUCUGGGUGCGCCGCACGGCCACCCACUGAGCGGCGGGCCGUCACUCCGGCCUCCAGUGACGCCAGUGUGAGUCACUGACCUGGUGACCAGGUGCAGUGACCGGGGAGCCGUCUGGACAAGCGGUGGGGUCAGGUACUCGGCUGUCGGGAGAGGGGAGGGCGUGGCUGACCCCGAGGUCACGCCUGUGGUCGACCGCAGUUGACCUCACUCGCGCGUGACCUCAGGUCAGGUGCCCGGUCAGGCGACGAGCGGGCGUCGCCGCGACCCCGGCCGGCAUCGGCGUCCCGUCCGCCCGCGGCUCUCACCAGGUCCAGGGGCAAGGCGAUGCUCGACCUUAUCGAUGCCUCGCACGGUAGCGUCCGCUGCGGCAUGAUGUAACGUCUUCAUCGUUGUGUAUCGGAACCAAGGUAUGCCCUUGCGGCAGGGCUCGCUGCGGCGUAGGAGUGCGUGAUACUGGGUCUGCCGGUGCCUGUGUGCUUGUGCCGCUUGGUGUCAGGAGAUCCUCGUCAUUACAAGCAUCUUCA